CAUCAGUCCAUUCCGUUGGCCAAUCACAUUGCGUAAGGGGCACAUUCUGCCUCUUGACGUCAGUCUCCUGUUUUCUCCGCCAAUCAGCGAUUAGACUGCUUCUGUACUUGACUCGUUCGGCCGUCUCGAGAUCAGGUAGACGGAAGGAGAGGCGCUAAGGGCUACCCCCACCCACACAAGUGAUCCAACAUGGAGGUUAACGGCACAGUGAACAUCCUGGGCUCUGCGUACAUGGCGGUGGAGUACGCAGACGCCAUGCUACCGGAGAACCCCUUCCAGCCCUCCCUGAAGCACGCCUGGACCUACAUGAUGGACAACUACACCAAGUUCCAGAUCGCCACCUGGGGUUCCCUGUUCGUCCACGAGUUCAUCUACUUCUCCUUCUGCCUCCCCGGAUUCCUCUUCCAGUUCCUCCCCUUCAUGCAGCGAUACAAGAUCCAGCAGGACAAGCCAGAGACGUGGGAGAAACAGUGGCGAUGCUUCAAGAUGCUUCUCUUCAACCACUUCUGCAUCCAGCUGCCCCUGAUCUGUGGAACGUACUACUUCACCGAGUUCUUCAACAUCCCGUACCACUGGGAGGCCAUGCCCCGUUGGCCCGUCCUUCGCCAGUGUUUGGGUUGUGCUGUGGUCGAGGACACUUGGCACUACUUCCUUCACCGACUGCUGCACCACCGCAAGCUCUACAAGCACAUCCACAAGGUCCACCACGAGUUCACAGCUCCGUUCGGCAUGCAGGCUGAGUACGCCCCAGCUGAGACCCUGAUACUGGGCUCCGGGUUCUUCAUCGGCAUCAUGCUCUUCUGUAACCACGUCAGCAUGCUGUGGGCCUGGGUGGCCUGCCGCCUGUUGGAGACAUCGACGUGCACAGGUGAGACACGCCCGGUCGACACCUGAGAUA